AUGAACUUGGUGACAUCCAUUGACGCGCACCCCACUAAGCCAUGGAUUGUGACGGGUCAUGAGAGAGGGAAUGUUUCCAUUUGGGACUACCAGAAGAAGGAAACUGUGAUGAAGUUGCAGGUCAAUGAGGUGCCAGACAAGACUACACUCAUGUUACAUGCCUUGUCUCAGCGCAUCAAAGUGAGGCCUCCUAGACAUUCCGUUUUUUCAGUCAAAUUUAUCGCUGAAAGGAAAUGGUUGGUAGUGGGGGAUGGUCGCGGAUACAUCUAUGUUUAUGAUUACACCAACACUGAGCUACACAUGGUCAACAAAUUCAGAGCUCAUGAUAAGAAAUCUGUGAGCUCUCUGGCUGCUCACCCAACAGAGCCAUACCUUCUUUCAUCAUCUACUAUUGGUACAAAUAUCAAGGCUUGGGACUGGAGCAAGAACUGGAAGAAAUUUCAAAAUUUCGACACCAAACCUGAGAUUGCAUACUACAAUGGUGUGCGCAGUGUCAAGUUGAAUCCAAGGGAUACCAACACUUUUGCUUGUGUUACCUUUUGUGAUGGAGUAAAGGUCGGGAACAUCAAAACUUCCAGUCUUAAAACGACACUGAAGGGGCCAUUCAUCAUGGCCGAUUAUUUCUUCACCCGCAGUCAUCAGCACCUGAUGGUUACUUUGAGAUUGAAGUCAGACAACCCUGAGAAAUGGGAUUUGAAGACACAAAAAGUUGUUCACACUCUUAGCGUGAGUGGGCACAAAACAACUUGGGUUGCUUGCCACCCAAAGCUUCCAAUACUGGUUACAGUGUUAGAUGACGGGACUGUAUGUUUGUGGGAUGCCAGUACCUACAGGCUUGAGAAAAUGGUUCACAUUACCGACAGCAAGUGUCGUGAUUUGGUAUUUGUCCCAGACACAAAUGGCCCACUCAGGCUUGCUAUCGCAUUUGAGACAAGGAUAGCAUUCAUGGAUGUUAAUUGGCCGAUUGCGAAUACAAGCAAUGCAAGUGGACUAAUAAUGGGAACUAACUAG